AUGGGUGGAAACGGCGUGGACGAGUACUUCAUCAAACUCACAGCACCAGAAGAAAACUGUCUCAACUGUGUUAAGCCAGUGAGGGGCCCAGAUGUUAGACUUGAUACAGAGAAACUCAAAGAUCUCAAUAUAACAGUAACAAUUGAAGCAGGAAAACCAGUUGAUGCUACCCAAGCUGCUAAAAUGAUGGACAACAUGGCCAACCUUGCCGCCACCAUCAAUGUAUCUUCAGCUGAACUGAAUGUGGGAGAAGGAGUCACGGGUAUCUUAAAGAGAGAAACGGACCCCACGAGCAUAGACAAUGUCUUCUUUGCUUAUAAGUCUCCAAAUGACAGUAUAAGUAUUAUAGACAACACAGAUACUAUGGCCACAUUUUCAAGAUCAGUUACAGUGCCAAAAGAAGCAUUUGAAAAAGCUUUCAGUUCGAAUGUUAGUGUCGCAUUUGCAGUUCUUAUGCGAUUCACCAAUCUGGCCAAGGAUGCAAAGAACAGCAUGGUUUUAGGUAAUGAGGUUUUAGCAGUUGAAAUGGGAGCCAAUAUCACCAAUCUCACAGACAAAAUAAACAUCAAUUUUCAGAAUUUGACAUACAAAGGAAUUCCAUCUUGUCAAUCAUGGGAUGGUCAAGGAAGCCGACCAAACUGGACCAGUGACGGAUGUCUGACAAUACAAAAUGGAGAGAACAUUACAUGCCAGUGUUCCCAUUUGACAUUUUUUGCUAUCUUAAUGGCUCCUCCAAAUGAAACCGUUUCUAGUUCUAACCUGAACAAUCUCACCAUCAUCACUCAAGUUGGCUGUGGCUUGUCCAUGUUCUUCCUCGGCAUAGUCUUCUAUAUGCACUUCUUUCAAAGGGAGAUCAAGACCAGUGACACCACAUGGAUUCUCAUUCAUCUGAUGUCAGCCACGUUCCUGCUUGACUUCUCCUUUCUGAUCAACAACUAUGUGGCAAACCUGAACAACACCGUGGGUUGUACAAUCAUGGCAGCUUUCAUGCACUACUUUUUGUUGGCGACUUUCACUUGGUUUGCUAUCCAGGCCUUCCACCUCUGGCUGCAGCUGUACAUGGGGGGCAAAAUUGUUAUCCGCCACUACAUACUGAAAGUCUCAAUUACCGCUUGGGUACUACCCUGUGUAAUUGGGAUUAUCCUGGUCAUCAUGGGAAAAUAUGGUGAAGAAAGUGUUUACACUAAUGACACUAAAGAAAAAGUGUCCAUGUGCUGGAUAACAGACAGGAACGUCCACUACAUUGUCAACAUAGCCUACUAUGCGGUGGUCUUCCUCUUCACUUUUACGACCUUCAUCAUCAUACUGUCCUGGUUCUUUUGUCUUAAGAGAACCAGAACAGGCAACAUUAGCAACGCCAGCAGAAGUGGCAAAAAUAUUGUAACCAUCCUCGGACUGUGUUGCAUUCUGGGUAUCACAUGGGGAUUUGCCUUCUUUGCAUACGGUGCCCUCCAGAUCCCUUCCUACUAUAUUUUCACAACCCUCAAUUCUUUCCAAGGUUUCUUCCUGUUUGUCUACUAUUACAACACCAGACACUCCGGAGAGAGAAACAGUGGCAAGAAACACCAUGAAACCACCACCAACACACUUACAACCAGCGUGGACAGCUUUGAGAACCCCUACACGGAAAUGCCAGCAAAACAAUAA